AUGCCAACGGUAACUGGUCACACAAAUCACCGUGGCAUUUCAGGACGCUGGGCGUAUCGGCGACGAAAUGAAGCAUGCAGCAUGCGUGGUAGCGGUGUCACGGCUGCGCGGUCCUGCCUUCAACCCCUGGUGUCCGCCAGUCGCUACCUCGCCGUGCACGCCCUUCCCGGUGAUCCUCUCUACUUCGUCGUUGAGGCCAAGUCUCGAGUAAAAGAAGUAUAUGCGCAAACAUGCGUACUGCUUGGGCAACAGGGCAUGCGAGAUUGCGAACUUUUUGGCCUGGCAAUACUAUCAGACGGCGAGUACCUAUUCGUAGAUCCCGAGAAUAAACUCAGCAAAUACGCUCCUAAAAAUUGGCGAAGUUCACAUACCUACGGCUUGGAUAGCAGUGGAAGACCAGCAUUUGUCCUCUACUUUCGUGUUAGAUAUUACAUUGAUACUCCAUUAUUAUUAAGCGAUGAAACAACGCGGCACCAUUAUUACCUGCAACUGCGCGACAAUGUCGUCCGUCAUGGAGGCGGAGUGGAGAGCCUCCACCCUCACCACCCCCUUCACACUCCAGAGAUCGUCAGCCCUCUGCUGGUACUGGCGGGGUUGGCGCUGCAAGCGGACAUGGGGGACUACAGCGAGGAGCGACACCGUCCCCACGCGGGGACAGUCGGUUAUUGCAAGCCGACGGACUACCUCCCGCCCCACAUGUGUCUGGAGGCGAACGUCCUCGGGGUCCUGGCCUCCCAGCACCGGGACAACCGCGGGCUCUCCCGCGAGGAAGCCGAGCUCCAGUACAUACGCGAGGCUGUCCUCCUGGAGGCUCCGCUCAACGCCCACCUGUACCGGCUGCGACGAACCAAGGGCGAGGUCGGCCCCGGGAGGAUCCUCCUGGCGAUCUGCGCUCGCGGAGUCACCAUUUACACCGAGCAGGAGACGCCCAGGAUCUUCGCCUGGAACAACAUCGGCAAGCUCUGCUUCGACCGGAAGAAGUUCGAGAUCCGGGCGGUGGAUCACCCCGACAAACUCACCCUCUACAGCGGCUGCGACGACAAGAGCAAGCUUCUCUUGGGGCUCUGUCGCGACACCCACCAGUUCUCGAUGGCCAUAGCGCCUCGCGUCACCGAGGCUCUCAGGAGGGAGGAAGAGGAGCGGAAAGUCCUCAGAGACUGCUACAUGUAUCCUGCCAGGUGCAAGCUCAGCAUGACGGCUCGUGGCUCCAGGAGAGACCAGAGGAUCUCCGUCAUUUCCAGCACUUCGUCUAACACCACCUCGGGGAUUGUCAGCGAUCGCGUUCACAGCGAAGAUGAACCUGACACUGCGCCUGCCUCCACUGAGUGUCUCGCCAGGUUGACCGAAAAUUCAAGUCCUAUUGUCAAGAAGAAAGUUUCUUUGACCAGCGAGGAGCCAUCUCGUUCUUCUUCCCCAGUAGCACCAGCGGGCGACGAGGUAGACGGCACAGAAACCUUCACAGCAACCACAACCCGCCGCUCAGCAACAAACCCUUGCACCGAAGGUUCUCAAUGCAGCAGCAGCUGCAGCACAGUAGUAAUAAACCCCCUAACCAACAACCCAGUAUCCUCCCGACCCCGCCGCCCCUCCGGGAGCUCAAGCCUCGAACUCGGUUACUCCCACACCGCCCAAAACUCAGCAGUGUCUUCAGAAUCAACCAGCUUCCCAGGAGUAAUCUACCGAGAAGACCGGUGCAAAAAAUCAAAUAAAUCCUUCGCAGACACCACCAGUGCGUCAACUUUACCCGACGAAGGUUUCACAGGAACAGACAUCGCGAGCGAGACCAGCGGGGUCUACACCAUGCGAAGUUCCGGGAUCCAGGACGAGAGAAUCACCGAAUUAUACUCGCCCUCCGGCGACGCGAACGAGUCGAUCUCAAAUAGCGACGUCUGCGCCCUCAGUUCAGUCCAAUCAACCACCGACGAAGCCUCCGUGACCUCCGGGUUCUACACAAUUCACAGCGAGCUCAGGUCCGAGAACAGCGACGUCUACACCGAGGACGCGAACCAGGACCAGGAGCCUAUCUACAGCAUCUGUAAGGGUGAUGACGAGGAACUUUCCGGGCCUCCCGAGCAGCACCUAGACCUUGAAGAUCUUCGAUCUCGCAGCAAUAGCAUCCUCAGCACAGGCAGCUUCCGCGGCGACGGGAGUGACCCUCCAGGAAUCGGACCCUUGCUGUCCGCUGAUGAGCUCUCUGACCUCAUAGUCGGGAGGUAUCCUCCCAGGAAGACUAUUAGCACUUCAAUGGACUCCGACUGCGAUUAUGUGACCAUGCCUCCUCCUCCAGCUCCUCCUCCAAGGAUAGACAGUGAGCAGCCGACUCCUCCGCCUUAUCCGUCAAAUCUAGACUUCAGAGACUUGUCCAAGUCUCUGAAUUCCUCCCGGGUGAUUCCUUCCGGAGAAAGAGAGCCUCCUCCUCCGCCGCCGUACAACGCUCCAAGGGUUGACUUUGUUCCUCUGCCUCCAAGAAGAACCGAGCCUCCUCCGCCGCCUCCUUACACUUCUCCUCGCGAGAGGAUCCAGAUUCCUCCUCCAACUCCUCCCAGAAACGACGCAGUCACUCCCAGAGAACCUCCGCCUCCUCCGCCUUACCCUCAGAUCACAGAGGCCAUUUCCAAACUCUACCCCAAUAAUCUGGUUGAGGAACCUCCCAGAAUUCCUGGGGGUAAAAAUAACCUCUCUGGAAUGAGCAACCUUAGCAUGAAUUUAAUGAAGAAUAUGAACAUUAAUUCUCUGCCCUUACCUGCAAAGUCUUCUGGAAAAAAUAAAGCCUCCGAGGCACCUCCAGCCCUGGCUCCUAAGGCUCCUAAGCCACCUCCAAGAAUCCAGCCUCCGACUUACCCGGGAGAUAAAAUGAAGCCUACUCCAGUUCAUGCUCCGGUGGCGGCGCUGGUGGUUGGUCCGAAUAAUUAUCUGGAUGUUCAUGCUUCAAGAAGCGGACCGGUUUUGCUGCCGUACUUGGGCUCGCCGACGCCCCAGCCACCGCCACCUCCUCCGCCGCCGAUGGUUCAUAUGAGGCAACCUCCUCCGCCGCCGCCCAGCUUGGCCACUGUCUACACCAGCCAGGUCGCCAGGUCUCAAAUUGAGCAGUACAGGCAGCAGCUUUACUCCGAUGUUGACUAUGUCAUGUUCCCGCUUAAGGAUCCGGCGAUUUCUAAGCAGGAGUAUAUUGAUGUUAAACAAGGCUCGCUGUUAUCGGGCCUGGCUGCAUAUCCUCCGCCGCCGUACCCCAGUUUUGGGGGGAAUAAGUCCUCGGUGGUGUACCGGAGCACGCCCUAUUUGCCAGGGUCGUCGUUUUCUUCGAGUACUAAGUAUGCGAGCAACUUGAAUUUGAGCGAUACUAGCUCUAAUUAUCCGGUUCAUGGGAAUCUUAGUAGUCAUUAUGCUGCUAGUACUAGCUCGUUGUACAGUGGCGCUACUUGUUCUUCUUCGGUUGGGAGUCACAGUUUGAGGAGGGAACCCUCUGGUCCGGCUAAUACUUAUAAUCAUAAUACUUUCUCGAGGACUAGGAGCGAUGAAAAUAUUCUUAAGUGCUUUGAAGCUCCGGCUAAGGGCAAGCUGCAGUCUUUGCCGCAGACUAAGCAUCGACGACUACCGCCGCCGCCUCCACCGCCUCCUUAUGAGAUUCAGAACCUGGAGAAAAACCAACCCCUGCCUUCAGCAUCAUCAGCAACUUGUUCUUCAACAACAAACACGACAAGCAUAGCUGAGAACGAAGGUAGCAAAGAAGACGGAAUGCUCGACAUACGAACUCUUCGCGAGAAGAGUAGGAACCUGGAUUUGCCCUUAAUAUCCGCGCUCUGCAACGACCGGUACUUACUCAAGCAAACCAAGGCAUUCGUACUGCCGAAGCAUCCCGCAGAGAGUUCGUCAUCUCCAGCGGCAGCGUCGUCAAAUUCUGUCACGACAACUACAGCUUCUUCCAGCAAGAACUUAAUAGGUCUGUCACGGGACACCACCACCAGUUCCAUUUCCAGCAGGAACAAGUACCCGGUCAGUGGACUGUCCACUACCCAGAUUGUCAAGCCCCCGAGGAAACUGUCAGCCACAAACCAAGGCAUUCGUACUGCCGAAGCAUCCCGCAGAGAGUUCGUCAUCUCCAGCGGCAGCGUCGUCAAAUUCUGUCACGACAACUACAGCUUCUUCCAGCAAGAACUUAAUAGGUCUGUCACGGGACACCACCACCAGUUCCAUUUCCAGCAGGAACAAGUACCCGGUCAGUGGACUGUCCACUACCCAGAUUGUCAAGCCCCCGAGGAAACUUUACUAAGUUAUCAUACACGUAUUUUUAUACUCGAGAUUUUAAGU